AGAGACGAUCAUUGAAUCCAACGGGCACAAUAAUGGCACUGCUGACAGGGUGCCUCACGCUCUCACGGUCGUCCUGGCUAUUACCUGAACUGCACCUGUGGACUUCAUCUCCUCUUGUCGUUUACACACGCGACGCAAGCUCCAGGCGCACGGGUGCGCGCGUCGCGUGCACUCACCACCGGCUGGUGAUCGCCUUGUGCUGAGUUGACCGGAUAGCUCCUUCUCCAUACAGGUCCGGAGGCUUAAAUGGGAGCAGCUCACACAUGUGGACGACUUGCACGUUCUGUUCAGUAACUUUGAUGGGGGCUUUGAUAUCAAGCAGGGAAAAUGCCUGUGAUGAAGGGAUUAUUAGCGCCGCAGAACACGUUUCUGGACACUAUAGCCACACGUUUUGAUGGCACGCAUAGCAACUUCAUCCUGGCCAACGCACAGAUGUCAAAGGGCUUCCCCAUUGUCUACUGCUCUGAUGGCUUCUGUGAGCUCACAGGCUUCUCGCGGGCAGAGGUCAUGCAGAAGAGCUGUGCCUGUAAAUUCCUGUACGGGCCCGAGACCAGCGAAAGCAUCAUCCUCAGCAUCGACGUGUCGCUGGAGGAGCGGAAGGAGUUUAAGGAUGAGAUCAUGUUCUACAAAAAAACAGCCGUGCUGUUCUGGUGCUUGCUGGACAUCGUGCCAAUUAAGAACGAGAAGGGAGACGUGGUGCUCUUUCUGGCCUCAUUUAAGGACAUCACUGACACUAAAGCCAAAGCCAUCCAAGAGGACAAGAAGGAAGAGCGACGGCGCGGCAGGGUGAAAGCAGGUCCUCCAUUCAGCUCGGCGCGGAUGCGGAGCAGCACGGUGCUCUACCACAUCUCUGGUCACCUCCACAGCAGAGAGAAGAGCAAGAUUAAGCUCAACAAGAAUGUGUUCGGGGAUCCCCCUGCUCUGCCAGAGUACAAAGUAGCAGAUGCCAAGAAGUCCAAAUUCAUCUUACUUCACUACAGCACGUUCAAAGCCGGCUGGGAUUGGCUGAUUCUACUUGCCACUUUCUACGUUGCUGUGACGGUACCAUACAAUGUGUGCUUCAUCGGUGACGAUGAUGACCUGACCCGCAGCACAACUGUCAGUGACAUCGCAGUGGAGAUUCUCUUCAUCAUAGACAUUGUUUUCAAUUUUCGCACAACUUAUGUCAGCAAGUCAGGCCAGGUGAUCUUUAAUGCGCGACAGAUCUGCGUCCAUUACCUGACCACGUGGUUUAUCAUCGACCUGGUGGCUGCGUUGCCCUUUGACCUGCUCUAUGCAUUUAAAGUCAGCGUGGUGUCCGUGGUCCACCUGUUAAAAACAGUCCGUCUGCUCCGUUUGCUGCGGCUGCUCCAGAAGAUGGACCGCUACUCGCAGCACAGCACGGUGGUCCUGACCCUGCUCAUGUCCAUGUUCGCCCUGCUGGCACACUGGAUGGCCUGCAUCUGGUACAUUAUUGGCAAGAUGGAGAUGGAGGCCAACGCCUAUAACUGGGAUAUUGGAUGGCUCCAUGAGCUGGGGAAGCGCCUUGAGUCGCCGUACUACUCCAUGGAAGGUGUUAACGGGACUGGCAGCGGGCCCUCCAUCCGCAGCGUCUACGUCGCCUCGCUCUACUUCACCCUCAGCAGCCUGACCAGCGUGGGCUUCGGUAACGUGUCGGCAAACACAGACACCGAGAAGAUCUUCUCGAUCUGCGUCAUGCUUAUCGGAGCUUUGAUGCACGCUCUGGUCUUUGGAAACGUGACAGCCAUUAUCCAGAGGAUGUACUCACGCUGGUCCCAGUACCACACCAGAACCAAAGACCUCAAGGACUUCAUACGAGUCCAUCACCUGCCGCAGAGCCUCAAGCAGCGGAUGUUGGAGUAUUUUCAGACCACCUGGUCAGUCAACAACGGCAUCGACUGUAACGAGCUGCUGAAGGAUUUCCCAGACGAGCUGCGAUCUGACAUCACCAUGCACCUUAACAAGGAGAUCCUGGAGCUGUCGCUGUUCGCCUCCGCCAGCCGCGGCUGCCUGCGCUCCCUGUCGCUGCACAUCAAGACCACGUUCUGCGCUCCCGGGGAGUACCUCCUGCGACAGGGCGACGCGCUGCAGGCCAUCUUCUUCGUCUGCUCGGGGUCCAUGGAGGUGCUGAAAGACGGCAUGGUGCUGGCCAUCCUUGGUAAAGGAGACCUGAUCGGGGCGAACCUGUCCUUAGAUGACCGAGUGAUUAAGACCAACGCAGAUGUGAAAGCACUGACCUACUGUGACCUGCAGUGUGUGAACCUGAAGGGACUCUAUGAGGUGUUGGACCUUUACCCUGAGUACUCGCAUCACUUUGUGCAGGACAUCCAGCAAGACCUCACGUACAACCUGAGGGAGGGACACGAGACACAUGUGAAGGCCAGACUGACUACAACAACUGUAGAUAUUCAGCCCAGGGUGGGAAGAAAUGGACGAGUGGUUCAGGGUUUUCCGCCCAUCAUCGAGGGGCAGGAGAAACAGGAGCAAUACGAGGAGGAGGAAGAGGAGGAGGAGGAGGAGGAGGAAGAGGAAGACGUGGGCAUGUCUGUACCUCUGUCAUCAGAGCGGAACAAAGCGGGACACCUCAGGGACUCAGGUGGGAAGUCUCCACUGAGCCGACCCAGCCAGAACUCCAGGAGGUCCCGGAGGAAGAUCCAGGAAAUUACACUCACCACAUUAGACCCGUCCAACCUCAGCCCGAGGAUAGUGGACGGUACAGAGGACAGCCAAGGAAGGGAAAGUUCCCCGGCCUUCUCCUUCUCUCCUGGACUAGGUUGUCCCGGCAAUGAACCAAACAGUGCCUCAGCAUUCACCACAGAUAUGCUGCAGAUCAGCACAGCAGAGCUUGCGGCGAAAGCCGAGGAGACGAGAGGACAACUGCGAAACCUCGACCAGCAGGUGGGCACCCUCGGGAGAGAAGUAGCUGACCUUGGACGAGUGAUGAACAGGAUGGCCCACCUCAUGGAGACCCUUAUGUCAUCAGUGCCCAAGCCUACACUAGUCUGCCCCGCUCACUACUCUCCAGGACAGCACACAUACCUGCCCCACCCUAACCCUCCUCAAUCCCACUCUUCACCCUCCUCCUCUCAGACUGCCUCCAUCUGGAUGGACACGCCAAUGUCGCUGCCCUCCUCACCCCUCACUUUCCCCCAGGGCUGUGGAGGAAUAUACCAUCAGGACCCCCUCACACAUAUACCCCAGGAACUCCAACUGCGGUACACUGCUUCCCCCAGCUCAAAUUUACCCAUAACUCCCAACUUAUCAGAGCUGCAACUACAGCCAAUCAACGAGUCUCACAUGCUUUCCUCGCCCCUCAGCUCACCAGAGAGCUCCCACUUCACAGACAGGGUUUCUGGCUUACACAGUUCGAGGGUGCACAGUCCAGCUUCACAAGACGGGGGAGACGAGGACCCUAAUCUGAGCAUUGAGUGCUUUCCGCAAACUGGACUUGGGGGGACAUACCCUAGCCCACCGAAGGGUUUGUAGCAGCCUUCACUCUGAAACUUUUUCUGGAUUCAGCAGGACUUUUUCCAGGUUAUUUUUAGAAUAUGUAUGUUGAACUAGAGCACAUUGAAUAACUUUGGUCCCCCGUAUCAUUCAAAGAGAUUGCAGGGAUGCAACUCUUUUGUUUAAAAGGCACGUGUUAAAAAAUCAUGUUGCAUGAAGCAAGUAAAGAAGGAUUAGGUGUGUUAGCUUUACCGUAUAAAAACGUAGAUGUUAGACAUGAUGAUGAGGUUCAGGUCAUCUCUCUGGACACAGAUCAGCCCUUUACCCACGACUGUGGUCUUUACCUGGGGGCGGGGUUAUACAUAACGGAGGACAAGAGCGAUACAGAGGAGGAGAGAGCUCUUUCUGACCUCUCUUUUUUUUGCUCCUGGCGUGAUGGUUUCAGGUCAACUAGGCUGGUUGGAGCAAGACAAAGCAAGAGUGCUGGAGGUGAGAUUUGGAGAAAAGGAGGGGAGAUACAUACAGUAGGCAGUUACCAUUCGUCCCCUAAUCCCCCUAUCUCCACCAUUUGUUGUCCUUUUAUCCCUUCUUUUCUUGCUCACUCAACCUGCACCCGAUGCUCUGGAUUGCAUGGACCAGUGUGUGACUGGUGGGGGCUGGUCGGACUGGGAGCACAGAAUGGUGUGAGAGGAGAGAUAUGGGAUGUAUUGUGCUCUUUACCCCAAGCCCCCUAGGGAACUGAAGAAAGUUGGUUAUGGAAUCGGGAAGUAGGGUGGGGGGUUAUGUUAUGCCUCGGGCAGCACAACCCCUGCUGUCAUCUGUCACACCGAGCACGGGGACUCUUUCUCCCUCUUUGUCCUUUCUUUUCUCCUCAAACCUCUCUCUGGCGCUCUCUUUCCUCUUUCUCUCGCUCUGUGCAUGCCUUUCUGAGCCUUUUGAGUAGUGCCUGUAGACACAAAUUAACAUGCUGCAUGUCACCCAGUGGAAAUCCAGCUUGCCAUUUAUCUAUCUAUUUAAAGGAAACAUGGUUCAAUCUUUUAAUAACCGAACCUGGCAUUUACUGAUGCAUAUUUAUUGGAUGUUGGGUAAUUUUUGACUAAAGGAAGUCGCCCCCCCUUGUGAAGAGGCCUGGAGGAAAACUGCCAAUAUUGAAUUGGUUUAUGGUCCAUGAUGUCGGCCUUUUCCCCGUUUGUCACCCGGGGUUUUCAGCUCUGAGGUCCAUUUUCCCAGCUGGUCCGAGUGAAGGCAAUAUUCCCUUAAAGAAAAAAGCACAACAAGGACAUAAAGACACUUUUAUAUUUCUAUGAAUGUAUCAAUACAAAAAAAUGUAUUUUUUUACCUCAAAUAAUGCAAGAGUGUGGGAUGGCAGUAAAUGAUGCUACUGUAUAUGAGGUUAUGGCAGUGCUGUUUGCUGGCCAAUGCAAUCUUAAACCAGGAAAAUGGUCCGAACUAUUGUCCACACAGAUCUACGGUUUCUCUUUUGAAUUCAUGUGGGUUUGACUCUGCUUCUCUGCAAAUGGAAUGUACUGUAAUGGAACAUCUUUAUUUCCCUUAACAUUUUGAUAUUUAAUAGAUACAAAAACAAUGUUAUGCUAAUAAAAGACAAAUAUGA